AUGACAGAGGGAAAUGAAGCUUCAGAGAUAUAUACAUCUUUACAUGAAGACCUACAAGUGGCUCAUGAGAGCAAAGUAUCACUACAGGAGGCACUGGUUGAGGCCAAUAAACAAGUAUAUGGGUCACCUGGUGCUGUACCAUCAUUGCACUAUUCUAUACCACUGGAUGGAGUGGCUGAUCCUAAGACAUUAUUCAUUCACCGAUCACUGAGAACUGCUCCUUCAUUAACGAAUCCUACUACCACCUCCUCCUCUACCUCUGAUUUAGUACAUGAAUCAACGUCAGUACCCAAAGCUAGUACAUUUAGAUCUGAUAUUGCUCAUAGAGUAAUGACAGAAUGUAUUGCAAUGAUAAAGAAUUGUGGAAUUAAUAUUCACUUCUUGGUUGAUAAGUUGUUGGAACAUAAGAUUAUCAAUGCAAGAGAGAAGAGAGGAAUAACUGAUGGCUACACUAAACAAACUGCUGGUGAAAGAAUGGAUGAAUUGCUCCACAUCAUUUCAAGCUCCAUUAGCAUGGAUGGAGAAGUAUUUGGUAUAUUCUUAGAUAUACUCAGAGAGGAAGACACCAGAAGAACUAUUGGACUAGCUGAUAAACUAAUGAAUAAAUAUAAAUCAAUAUAG